AGCCCGACGGUGCGGGUGCACGGUGCAGCCCCCCCCGCCCGCUCCGAGCCCCGCCGCCGCCGCCCCCUCCGCCGCCACCAUGAACAAGCUUUACAUCGGGAACCUCAACGAGAGCGUGACCCCGGCCGACUUGGAGAAAGUCUUCACCGAGCACAAGAUCUCCUUCAGCGGCCCCUUCCUCGUCAAGUCCGGUUACGCCUUUGUGGACUGCCCCGACGAGCAGUGGGCCAUGAAAGCCAUCGAAACUUUCUCGGGGAAAGUGGAGCUCCAUGGAAAACAGCUCGAGAUUGAACAUUCGGUCCCUAAAAAGCAAAGGAGCCGGAAAAUCCAGAUCCGGAAUAUCCCACCCCAGCUGCGAUGGGAGGUGCUGGAUGGUUUGCUAGCCCAGUAUGGCACUGUAGAAAACUGUGAGCAAGUGAACACGGACAGCGAGACAGCCGUGGUCAAUGUCACCUACGCCAACCGGGAGCAGACCAGGCAAGCCAUCAUGAAGCUGAACGGGCACCAGCUGGAGAACCAUGCGCUGAAGGUCUCCUACAUCCCGGACGAGCAGUCCCUGCAGGGGCCGGAGAACGGGCGGCGCGGAGGCUUCGGGGCUCGGGGUGCUCCCAGGCAGGGCUCCCCGGUCACGGCAGGGGCCCCGGUGAAGCAGCAGCCGGUGGAUAUCCCCCUCCGCCUCCUGGUGCCCACCCAGUACGUGGGGGCCAUCAUCGGCAAGGAAGGGGCCACCAUCAGGAACAUCACCAAGCAGACACAGUCCAAGAUUGACGUGCACCGGAAAGAGAACGCAGGAGCCGCAGAGAAAGCCAUCAGCAUCCACUCCACCCCUGAGGGCUGCUCUGCUGCCUGCAAGAUGAUUCUGGAGAUCAUGCAGAAGGAGGCAAAGGACACCAAGACAGCUGAUGAAGUGCCUCUGAAAAUCUUGGCCCAUAACAACUUUGUGGGGCGCCUGAUCGGCAAAGAAGGGCGAAACCUGAAGAAAGUGGAGCAGGACACGGAGACAAAAAUCACCAUCUCAUCCUUGCAGGACCUGACUCUGUACAACCCCGAAAGGACCAUCACAGUGAAGGGCUCCAUUGAGAACUGCUGCAAAGCUGAGCAGGAGAUCAUGAAGAAAGUGAGGGAAGCCUAUGAGAAUGACGUGGCUGCCAUGAGUUUGCAAUCUCACCUCAUCCCUGGCCUUAACCUGGCUGCGGUUGGACUCUUCCCUGCCUCCUCCAAUGCGGUACCUCCGCCACCGAGCAGCGUCUCUGGGGCUGCACCAUACAGCUCCUUCAUGCCUCCGGAGCAGGAGACGGUUCACGUCUUCAUCCCUGCACAGGCAGUCGGGGCCAUCAUUGGGAAGAAGGGCCAGCACAUCAAGCAGCUCUCCCGGUUCGCAAGUGCCUCUAUCAAGAUCGCCCCUCCGGAGACGCCGGACUCCAAAGUGCGCAUGGUGGUGAUCACCGGCCCUCCGGAAGCACAGUUCAAGGCACAAGGCAGGAUCUAUGGGAAGCUGAAGGAGGAGAACUUCUUUGGACCGAAGGAAGAAGUGAAGCUGGAGACGCACAUCCGGGUCCCUGCCUCGGCCGCGGGCAGGGUCAUCGGCAAAGGGGGCAAGACCGUCAAUGAGCUGCAGAACCUCACGGCAGCAGAGGUGGUGGUGCCGCGGGACCAGACCCCUGAUGAGAAUGAGCAGGUCAUUGUGAAGAUCAUCGGGCACUUCUACGCCAGCCAGAUGGCUCAGCGCAAGAUCCGGGACAUCCUGGCCCAGGUGAAGCAGCAGCACCAGAAGGGACAGAGUGGGCAGACACAAGCACGGAGGAAAUAAGAGUAGCACCGACACCAGGGGGGAAAGCGGAAGGAGCCGAUGGCUUAAGAGUGGCUGGGAAUCAGUUACCGUAGACAGAUGCUAACUUUUCAUUAACCCAUGGAGAUUCAAGGCAGGUUUGAUUGGCUUCCGAGG